GAGUGUGAGCGCGCGGCGCGUGCUCAUGAUGGCGGCGGCAGUGGCGUUGGAGGUGGAGGUGAGCAGCGACUCUUCCAGCAGCACCGCGGAGGAGGAGCGCCUGCAGCGGCUUUUCCAGACGUGUGACGGGGACGGAGACGGAUUCAUUAACCGGAAUGAUCUGCUGAUGGUCUGCCGGCAGCUGAAUAUGGAGGACUCUGUGGCGGAGAUCAUGGGUCAGCUAGGCGCAGAUGAGCGAGGAAAGAUCUCCUUCGAGGACUUCACUCGCUGCCGCAUGCAGCUACUCACUGAGAUCCAAAAGGAGGAAGGACAGCUUUCCCUGCGCUCCAGCGACUCGGACAAGCAGAAACUUCGGGAACGCAUCGCCUCCUGGCCCACUAGCAGUGAGAAUAGUUUAGGCGCUCGGGAGAGUUGGGAGUUUGAUUCAGGAGCCCGGGAUUUACAGAGCCCAGAGCUUCAGUCUCCAACACAAACACAUCCUCAUCUUCAUCCUCACCUUCAUCAUCAUCAGCAGAGCUCUCCUUUACUGCAGAAACUCCUGGAGCAGCCCAGUGUUCUGGAGCCUUCAUCUGGGGUCCAGCAGCUCCUGUGUCAGCCUGCAUUCAGCCGCAGCGGGGGCUACCUGGAGCUGGCCAACACUCUUCAUCUGGCUGCACUGGCAUCUCUGAAGGGCGACGUGCUGGAACUGAACCAGCGGCUGCUGCAGACGGAGAGAGAGAGAGACGCUCUGGAGAAGAGACUGACCACCGCACAGUGUGAGCAGUCUCAUCUGCUGCGUGAGCAUGAGGAGGUUCAGGAGAGGACGACGCUGUGCUACGAGGAGCGAAUCACAGAGCUGCACAGCAUCAUCGCAGAACUCAACAAGAAGAUCGACCUGCUGCAGGGAGCCACCAUCAGGGAGGAGGACGAGUUUUCGGAGUUGCGCUCGGAUCUCAGUCACAGUCAGCAGGAAGUGAAUGAGGACGAGCGCAGUGUGGAUCAGGACCCCGAUCAGGCGUCCCUCUCACUGCCUGAAAACCAGUCCAUGCUGGUCACUGCAGACAUGGAUAACUGCAGUGACCUGAACUCUGAGCUGCAGCGUGUCCUGACGGGGCUGGAGAGUGUGUUAUGUGGCCGUAAGAAAAGCACCUGCAGUCUGUCUGUGGCAGAAGUGGACCGACACAUCGAGCAGCUGACCACCGCCAGCCAACACUGUGAUCUGGCCAUCAAGACAGUGGAGGAGAUCGAGGGCGCUCUGGGUCAUGAUUUUUACCCCAGUCUGUGUGAGGAGCGUGUGCGCUGGGAGAAAGAGCUGGCCGGCCUGCGGGACGAGAACGAGAGUCUGACAGCGAUGCUCUGCAGUAAAGAAGAGGAUCUGAACCGCACUAAAGCCAGCCUGAACGCCAUCCGAGAGGAGCGAGACCGCCUGCGCAGACGCGUGCGAGAGAUGCAGACUCGUCUCCAAAGUGUUCAACCCGGCGCUCCGCCCAGUCCAGGUCGUCUGACUCCUGCUGGACGCCCCAUAAACCCCAGCACUGGAGAACUCAGCACCAGCAGCAGCAGCAACGACAUCCCCAUCGCCAAAGUUGCGGAGCGAGUGAAACUGUCCAAAACCCGCUCAGAGUCUCUACCGACAGAGAGAUCCAUCCUAGGCUCUGAGAUCAGCAGCAUCGGGGUGUCCAGUAAUGUGGCAGAACAUCUGGCACAUUCUCUGCAGGAUUGCUCUAAUAUCCAGGAGAUUUUCCAGACCCUUUACUCUCACGGAUCCGCCAUCUCCGAGAGCAAGAUCCGAGAGUUUGAGGUGGAGACGGAGAGACUCAACAGUCGUAUCGAGCACCUGAAGUCUCAGAAUGACCUGCUGACCAUCACACUGGAGGAGUGUAAGAGUAACGCUGAGCGGAUGAGCAUGCUGCUGGGCAAAUAUGAGUCCAACUCCACUGCACUCAGACUCGCCCUGCAGUACAGUGAGCAGUGUAUUGAGGCCUAUGAGCUGCUGUUGGCUCUGGCUGAGAGUGAACAGGGUCUGGUGUUGGGUCAGUUCAGAGCAGCUGGAGUCAGUGCUGUGGGAGAGCAUGCGGGUGAGGAGAGCAUCAGUCAGCUCCUGAAGAAGGCUCACGACAGCAGGAAAACAGCAGAAAACGCUGCUAAAGACCUGCUGACGCGUCUGGACGGAAGCUGCGGCGCUGCGUUCGCUGUCACCGGCUGCAGCGCUCAGCCCUGGGAGAGUCUGUCCUCCAACAGCCACACCAGCACCACCAGCUCGACGGCGAGCAGCUGUGACACAGAUUUCUCCAAGGAGGACGAGCAGCGUCUGAAGGAUUACGUGCAGCAGCUGAAGAACGACCGCGCGGCAGUGAAGCUCACCAUGCUGGAUCUGGAGAGCGUCCACAUCGAGCCGCUCAGCCCAGAACUCAGAACCCGCGGCGGAGGAGACGCGCAGAGACUGGACCUGGAGAACGCUGUGCUCAUGCAGGAGCUCAUGGCCAUGAAGGAGGAGAUGGCGGAGCUGAAGGCUCAGCUGUACCUGCUAGAGAAGGAGAAGAAGGCUCUGGAGCUGAAGCUCAGCAGUCGUGAGGCUCAGGAACAGGCGUAUCUGGUGCACAUCGAGCAUCUGAAGGCUGAGCUGGAGGAACAUCAGGAGCAGAGACACACUGCACUCACCUCUACCUCCACCUGCAGCAGCAGCAGCAAGGACUGUGGAGACUCUCCAUCCGUCAGUGUGUGUGAUCUGAGGAAUCUCAGUGAUGGUGAUCUGGCAGCAGAACUCACAGGCGCCCUCAGGAGAGAGAAGAAGCUGAAGGCUCGUGUUCAGGAGCUGGUCUCUGCGCUGGAGAGAUUGACCAAGAGCAGUGAAGUCCGGCAUCAGCAGUCAGCAGAGUUCGUUAAUGACCUCAAACGAGCAAACAGUAACCUGGUGGCGGCGUAUGAGAAAGCCAAGAAGAAGCACCAGAAUAAGCUGAAGAAGCUGGAGUGUCAGAUGAUGGCGAUGGUGGAGCGACACGACACUCAGGUGCGCAUGCUGAAGCAGAGGAUCACACUGCUGGAGGAGGAGACCUGCAGACCACACACCAACGAGACCUCGCUCUGACACACACACACACACACACACACACACACACACACACACACACACACACACAGUUACUCCUACACAAGCAUAAGCGCAUACAGUGCUCAGCAUGAUUGAGUUCACCCCAUCACAGGUCUCUCUUUUACAUCAAUAUGUUCUACUGCUUCACAAUAAUAUAUGUGUGCAGAUACAUUAGACAUAUAUAUGCUUAUACACGAGUCAGUACCAAAGACCAACCUGGAACUGAUCAACCAAAUAAAUAAAUCAAUAAAUAAAACUG